AGAGGGAAGCGUGGAGAGCCGGCACAGCACCGUUCCUUGUGCCUGUGGUGCUGUGUCCGUGUGGUGCCCAGCACAGCCGGGGGGUUGAGCUGCUCCAGGCUCUACCCAGGCAGCUGCAGCCCUUUGGGACUCGGUGGAGAGAACAGCCCCUGGGAAAUAUCACCUUUAUUGACCCAAAAAGAGCACGGACCUGUGGGGGCCUGUGUGCCCGGGUCCCUCCUGGUGCUGUUGUGUGGAUGAGGCACAGCUCAGCACCAUGCUGAGGUGAGGACCACGGCUGCAUUUGGCAGCUCUUCCUCCCCAUCUCCUCGAGGAGCCGUUCCCAGCACCGGGAAUCAUCGCUUGGCCUUGGCGGAGCCGAGCAGCUGUGGGACACGAUGGGACACCACCUCUCCUGCGAGGACUGCGCCAGAGCCAGUGCUGAUGAUGGGGAUGGGGACGGGUCCUCGCCCCCCACAUCCGGAAGGUCCCUCCACUGGCCUUGUGUCCAGAGGGAUCCCACAGAUCACCCCCUGCUCCAGCACAGCCCUGGCACCCUCCUUGUCCUUGGGAUGGGGGCCGGGCUGGGCAGAUGCUGCCUGCGGAGCCAGUGGGGGGCUGUGUGCAGCCACUGCGUGACUCAGAGCCGGGCCGGUGGUGAGUGCAGGGGCCUGUGUGGUGAGGGCAGGAGGCAGCAGUGACAGACCGUGGCCAGACCGGACCCACGGGCCCCCCUGCUCCGGGCAGUGACCCUGGGCAGGAGCGUGGUGCCAUGGCCGGGGGCUGCCAUGAGCCGGUGCUGGAGUCCAUGGCUUUGGACUGCGGCCGGAGCACCCAGGGUGCUGGGUGCUAGAUGCUGGGUGCUGAGCACUGGUUCCUGGGUUCUGGGCUCUGUCCCACCCUCCCUGUUCCUCAGCAUCACCCGGGUGCAGGGCGGUGGUACCCAGGGAUGCUCCAGGCUCCCCUGUUGCCAUGGUAACAGCCGCGGGCGGGGCGGGGGGGCUGCGGUGACGAAAGCAGCACGUGCCCCCGUGGCUCCCCCCUCCCUCCCGGGCCCUCCUGCAGGGCUGGAUUAACGCCCGACACCCCCCCAGGGUGAGCCAAGACCCCCCCCGGGGGCCACAGGGCUGCGUGUGCCCGGAGCAGGCAGAGCACACGUGUGUGCAGCCGUGCACGGGGCACAUACAUGUGCGCACACACCCACCCAUGCUGUGCAUCCACACGCAUAGGCCGUGCGCACACACACACACACACAUGCAUGGGUGCACACAUGCAUCGCACACCAAGCGGGUGCUCACACACAUGUAGGGAGAUGCACACACAUGCACAUACAUGUGCACACACCCCCUGGGGACAUCCAGCCCAUCUGGGUGAUGAGGAUGAACCUGCCCCAGGGGACGAUCCAUGGGGGAGCCCACAGGAACUGGGGCUCAGGGCGGGAGCUGGAUGGUUGCCACUGGGAACCCCUCAUCCCUCUGGGAUCCCGCAUCCCCCUGGGAGGAUGGAGGCGGCGCAGGAGGAGCCGGAGCCGCGGGGAUCAGACCAACACACUUUAUUCCAUAGUCACAACAGUCAGGAUAACCGUGAGCCGAGUGGGGCAGAGCCGGAGCCGUUGCAUCCCCCGGGAUGGGCCGGGGCCGCCCCUCGGCUAAAAUCCUAUUUCUCCAAGACAACAGCUACAGGUUCCUUCACUACCACGAACACGACAAAGGUGACCCCGAGCGCUGGCGCCCGUGCGGAGGCUGCGCCGGGGCCCCGCCGGCUCCGGGAGCCCCCGGCCCGCUCGGCCGCCGCCGGGGCGGCUCCUUCCUGAGAGAGGUUUGGUUUAUUCUUAUUAGUCAUUUAUUAUUAUUAUUAUUGUUCAUUAUCAUCAUUAUUCGCUUUGUCUCUGGUGAUGGAUGUCGCACACGCUCGCACACGCAUGUGCCGGGCAGCACCGGGCAGCGGGGAGGGCGCAGCGGGAGGGGGCCGCACGCUGGGGGGGUCUCUAAGCACUACAACCACACGGCACAGACAAUCCACCACUGUCCACGACGGUUCUCCCCUGACAAAGACACCCAGCGAGGCUCGAGGAGGGGGUGAGGAGGGGGACGGGGAUGGGGACGAAGCGGAUGAUGUUGUGCUUGUGGCCGGGGCUGGGGGGGGGGGCCCCGGCUCUUGGCUCCGGUUCUGGCGCUGACCCAGAACCUGCUCCUGAGGAAACGUUUCGCCUGAUAGUCCGUGGAGGGAGCGCCCCGGCCCACGGGUGAUGCACGGCACGAAGGGACCCCAACGGGACCCCAGUGGGACCAGGAGAUGCAGCCCCGGCAAAGCACACGAGUGAUGCGAGACCCUCACUGCGGCCUCAGGCCCUGACGAGCCUGCAUGGAAGUGGAUGCACAGAGCCCGGACCCGAGCACCAUGGAAGAGGAUUACAGCAAACAGCAGAAGGCAGCAGCAGAGGAGAGGAAAUCUCCAGCCCAAGGGUUGACUUUGCCACCAUUCAUUGUUGAGAACAAGAAGAAGAAAGGAAAGAAGAACAAGCCAGAGACAUCAUCACCCCAAGGGAAAUCUCAGAAGGAAUUAGCCCGCAGGAAGGCUGAAUUAGCUAAAACCUUGAAAGAGAUCAAAAUCACCACGGACGUGACCAAUCUGAAGAGAAACGCCAUUGAGAAGCUGAAGCAGUGCAGUGCCCGCCUGCUGGAGGCCAACUGCCAGCUGGUGGAGGAGAUCCAGGACACUGAUGAGAGCACGGCCAGGCAAGCCAGGCGCCUGCUGCAGCAGUACGAGGCGUUCCAGAGGAUGAAGGCGAUGGUGCAGACCUUCAACAAGAACCAGCUGGAUGCAGCAAAGGCAGAGCUCCAGGAAAUGGAAAAAACAAUGGAAAAGAAUCUGGAACAGCUACAGCAGCAGCUGGAGGACGUCACAUCGAAGGUGCAGGCUCUCCAGGAGGAGCUCAGGGUCGUGAGGCCCUACAUCGAUGGGCACUAUCCGGAACAAGCUGUCAAGAUAAUCCUUCUGCAGCACAGCAUCCGGAAACUGAAGCGGCAGCAGAAGGAGGAGAUAGAGAAGGCAGAAGAAAUGGGGAAGCACAUCCUGGAGCAGCUGGAAAAGAAGGCACAGGCGGAACAAGAGGCGCUGCUACAGAAAAUCGUGGAGGAGAUGAUGCUGAACCAGGAUGGCCUGAGGCACAUGAUGACAAGCAACAACAUUCUGCGGCGUGAUAUAGCGAGGCAAAGGGAGAUUAUUCAGGACCUGGAGGAGGAGAUUGAUGAGCUGAAGAGAAGCAUCCAGACCCUCCGCCAGAAUGCAAGAGACCCAAGAGAGCUGAUCUUCGCUGACGUUCUUCUCCGCAGACCCAAGUGCACGCCGGACACCGAGGUGGUCCUCAGCAUCCCCACCGAGGAGACACCACUGCUCUGCUGUCACCAGGCUCCACCGGCAGGUCCCUAACCCAGCGCUGGGUGCACCUGAGCUCCGAUGCGGUGCUGAGCUGCACAGCACCUCCCUUGCCAUCCGUGCUGCAUCCCAGCCCCCCUCGGCAGCCUCGGGCACUCUCUGCUGUGGGUUUAUGGUGCAGUAAAGGUGUUGCCAUCGUUC